UGAGUUGGGCAAAUCGGGAGGAUGGUUGGACAUAGAAUUACACGCGGCAAGGUGAUUUUUCAGUUCGAUCAGGUUAUCAUCAGGCUAUGCAUAUGCACAACUGCAUUGCUGGACCAUCCAAUUCCUCCCCGAGUUUUAAAGGUGAUUGUUUGUGGCACUUAAACAUCCUGGAAAAGCUGAAACUGUUUCUUUGGCAAUCCUACUGUGAUAUCCUUCCAACCAAAGAUAAUCUUCUCUGUUGGUGGGUGAAUAUUGAUUUUGAAGGCCCUAUGUGCAACUUAGAGGAUGAAUCAGUGUUACAUUGUCUCAAAUCUUGCCAGGGUGCCCGUGCAGUUUGGAUGGGCUGCCCUCUAAGUCUACUAGUCUCAGAAAUUCAGGCUGAUACUUUUACAAAUUUCUUUAACAAUAUAAGCACUCUCUUGCAGAAGGAACAGUUGGAAUUAUUCUGUAUGUUGUGUUGGAAGAUCUGGCAUGCUAGAAAUGAGCUUUUAUGGAAUGCAAAUAUCUGGUAUGGGAGCAGUAGCUCAUUACUCCUCUGGAAAGGUGCUGGUAGCAUUGUCGUGCAAGAGGUUAUUAUGGAAUAUGAUUGUGCAAGUACUGUAACUGCCAUUAACACUGAUAUUCUGACUAUGCACUCUUCCUUGGGCUCUGUUCUUUCAUAUUGCAGAAUUCUCAUGGCCUCCUUUUUGUCCUGCACAGUCCAACAUGUUCAUAGGGAAGGAAACUCUGUUGCUCAUGAAUUGGCAAUAUGUGCUCUGCAUGCAGAGGCAAAUGAGUAUUGGAUUGAAGAAGUACCAACUGAUAUUACGUAGCUAGUGGCAGGAGAUAAAUCUGCUACUUGUACUCUUUGAGUUUUGUACCCCUGUCUUAUAUAUGAAAUAAAGUGCGCAUGAUUCC